AUGAUUUUCAAUGUAUAUGACCUAUUGUUGUUAAUCUUGUAAUUUAAGUAAGAAUAUAUACAUUUGAUAUAGAUAAGUACAUAAUCUUUGUGAAUUUUCAUCUUCUCGACCUAUUUUAAUGUUGUAAAAUGACCAAUAUUCUUAUAAUUAAACCCUGCCUAACGAAUUUGUUUAAGGUUAGAUAAAUCAAGGAUUUGGAGUUUGGAUGAAUUAUUAGCCAUUUACUUACAAAGAAUUGAGAUGUAUUUUGAUGUUUUAUUAUUUUAUAGGGGAUAAGGUAUUGCCAAAUAAUACAUAAUAUCAAUAAAAUCAUAUAAAAGGAGGACAAUUUAUUUAUUCAAUAGAGGAAAACGUUGAGAAAUCUAAUUGGAUAGUUGUCUCUGCUGAAAUUGAUUCAAUAUAAUAAAAAAUUACUCAUAAAGUGUUUUACUCUUUUAAAACUUCAAAAAAUACCUUAUCAUUUUAAUUUGAUAAUUUUUUAUACGAAGGCUAAUGGAUAAUGUUCUUUUGUUAUUUUGACAACCUUUUAAGAUAAGCCCAAAUUGGAUUUUACAAUUCUAAAGAAGCUUUAUCUAUUUAGGUUGUUAAUGAUCUACCUGAAUAUAAAUAAUAAAUAAAACAUAUUGUGGGAAAUUUUUACUUUUAUAAAAAUUAGGAUGAAAAUUUGAUAAUGUUAAAUAUAUUUUAGGGACUUCUCACCAGUGAUUUUUCAGCUAAACAGGAUAAUGUGUUCUUAGAUUUAGAAUCUUGUUCAUAAUAUUUUUUUAGCAAAAUUUAUUGUUAUGACAGUAGUGAAAUGCUUAUUGAAUAGAAUUAAGAAUUCAAUGGUAAUGAGUAUCAAAAUUUUAUUUCUUCAAGACUUCAAGUGCCUAGAUAUGUUUUUAAAGGCUGGAUUAUUUUAAAAUAAUCAAAUUAAGAUUUUUUAGAGUCUACUGUUUUUAGAAUAACCGUGAAUAGCAAAUAUUAUAACGAUUUCCAAGUAGGUGAUAGAGAUUUAUUAUUAUAAUAUUAUUAAAGUAAUAUCCCUGCCUAGAAUGGCUUUAAGUUAACAACUUAUUCAUAUUAGUUUCCUAUAUAUCAGAGAUACAAGACAAAAGAAGAUGAUGAAAUAAAAUAAUUUGGAGACGAGUAUUCGGAGUUAUUAAUCUAAUGGCAUUAUUUUUAAUAUGAAAUAGGAACAUUAAAUAAUGAUGGAUAACCAAUAUUUUCUAUCUUUUUCCCUUCUAUUGAUUAAAUUCGCUAAUUUAAUUGGAAUAAAAAAAUAUAUCAUUUCUCAGGAACUUUGUUUAUUACAUAUUUUGGAGGUGAUGAUUUUACUUAAAAUUAUUUUCGAGGAAAUGUAAGUAAUCUUUAGUUUAAACGAUUAUGUAAACCAGAAAUUGAAAUUUUCAUGCCUACAUGUCAUUAUUCUUGCCUAACUUGUGAUGGACCAACAAUCAAUAACUGUCUUACUUGUUACGAGUAAAGUUUUAGAUCAUUUUCAAAAAAAGAAAAAAUAUGUGCUUGUAAAUAAAGUUAUGUAGAUCUUAAUGGUGUUUAAGAAUGCUAAGAAGUAACAAAAGUUUUCCCUUAAAUAUAAAUAUAAGAAAUAGAACUAAACUGUUAACACCCUGGUUAUAGCAUUUGCAAUCAGGAUAAUAUAGAAUGCCUUUUUGGCUAUUUCAAAUACAAUAAUAAGUGUGUUUAAUGGUAUUUAUUUAUUUAAAGGAAAGCCCUAAUUAUUUUGAUACAUUUUCAGGCAUUUAAAUAAAUUGUUUAGAUUGUUUGGAAAGACCAAAUUUAUUUGGAAAGACAUUAACUUGUAAAAUAAGAGCAGAAACUUGUGAAUAAAAUCCAGAAUACAUAUAUAAAAUUACAUAAAGAUCAGAAAACGAGAAUAUUGUUUAUAACAUCUUAACAGGUUUAAAUGAAAGUUACGAACUGAAAUUGUGUCAUGGAUGCGCAAGUUAAGAUACAUGUCAUAAAAGUUUCUAUCGGGAUGAUUAAUAAUGUAAACCUUGUAUAGAAGGAUGCGAGAUAUGUGAAAAUUCAUUUAAAUGUACUUCUUGUUUUGAAACUUAUUAUUUAAAUGAGGAUAAAUAAUGUGUACAAUGCAAAGAUUGCUACACUUGUUAUACUUCUGAUUAAGGAGAAUACGUAUGUUAUACUUGUUAAACCAAUUUAAUAAGGCUUAAUAAUAAAUGUGUAACAUGUGGGCAUAAUUGUCAAAGUUGCUAUGAAGAGAGAUUAUGUAAUUAUUGUAAAGGAUCACCAUCUGAAUAUUAUUUAUCAUUUGAUGGAAUAAAUUGCAAUUAAUGUAAUAUCAAAAAUUGUAUAUACUGUUUUGAUUACAUUCUUAAUGAUGGUCUAUUUCAAACAAGUUUAGAUCUUAAUUUUAAAAGGAUAGAUUAAAAGACUCAAAAAGUAAAUGUAGGUUGUGCUUUGUGUAAAGAGAAUUAUUAUUACAAUUUUAACAAUUAGGAGUGUGAACUAAAACAAAUAGAUGACGAUUGUUUAUUUGGUAUAAUCUAAGAUAUAGAUUAAAAAAAGGUUUGUCUUAUUAGUAACACUGAUUAGAAUGCUGUUUAAGUUUCAGAUUGUUCAAUUAUUUCAAACUGUAUUUCUUGUAUACACAAUUACUUAGAAAAUGAAUCAUUUUGCAUGCUUUGUGAAGAUGGAUAUUAUUCAUCAAUUCUUACAGGUUAAUGUAUAUAAUGUGGUAAAAAGUGCAAGACAUGCAUUUAAUAACAAGAAUAAUUUAGAGAUUAUUGGAAAUGGAAUAUCAAAGCUUUUUAUAAAUUUGUAAUUAAUCAUAAUAAUGAUCAUCCAUUUGAAAAAUAUGCUUCAUCAGAUAAUGAAGAUGAUUUAAAUUUGGUUUGUACAUCAUGUCACUAUGGUUAUAUAUUAUCUGGUUAAAAGUGCUUUAAAGGUUGUGAUUCAACUUGUAAUAAAUGUGAAAUUAUUAAUGAAUAAGCUACAUGUAUUUAAUGUUUGGAAACUGUUUCUGGUUUUACAAAAAGUUAUGAAUUAGAUGGAAGCUGUCGAAAAUGUCCUUCUAAUUGUAAAGCUUGUUCAGACAGAACUUAUGAAGAAAUUGAAGAACUUAAUCCUUAGUUUUUUUUAACUGAAAACAAUUAUUAUAAAACUCGAAUAUGUUAUGAAAAAUCAACAAAUCAGUUUGGAUAAGAAAAAUAUUACCAAGAUUCAUUAACAUAAACUGUAGUAGUUUGUACUAAAUAUGAUCAAUGUGUUAACAAAAUUAUUAUUCAAAUAAAUGCUUAUUGUGAUUCAUACGACUAUUAUACUUAAAAAUAAUAAUCAAAUGAUGAAUUUUUUGACCACAAGAAUAUUCUUCUUUCAUAAUAUGGUUUUUAUGAAUAUUUAAGUGAAUUAUAAACAGUUUAACUUUUUGAUUAUCUUAAUUAUAUUUCAGUUAAAUAUGUGUAAUUUGAAUAUACAAUAAUUCAAGGAGAAUAUUCAAAUUGUAGAAUUAGAGGGGAUUAAACUUUUGACACCAGAUUAGCAUAAAAUAUUUUUUCCAUAUAAUAAAUGGAUAUUUAAUUUAAAGGAAAAAUCUUAGAAUCAAGCAGUCCAAUUACUUUAUAAACUCCACUUUAAUUAUUUCUAUCUAAUUAUACUAAUAUAACUUUUGAAAAUAUUAAUUUUGAUUUUGGGUUUGAUGACUAUUCCCCAGACAAUUAUUUAAUUAUUGCUAUUGAUAAUAAAAAGAAAACAAAUUUAAAUCUAAUAGAUUGCAAUUUUAUCAAGACAAGUUCUUUCAAUACUCAUUAAUUUUUGAGAAUUAAUUCAAGUAAUCCUUAUUCCCUAUACAUAAAAAAUCUAUAAAUUAGCAAUCUAAAUGUAUAAUCAUCUGAAAUUUUCACUUUCUUUUCUACAAAAACUCCUCUCUAAAAUUAGAUUCAAAUUUCCAAUAUGACAAUUAAAAAUUCAAUAUUUACUAAUUCUACUUUAUUCUAUUUUUAAGCAGAUACUGGUCAUCUUCGAUAUGAAUCCAAUUUAAUAAAUAUUAGUAUAGAUGAUUCUAAGUUCAUUUCCUCUAAAUUCUUUAGCUCUAGUAGCUAAUUAAAUUUUACUAUAGGAACUUUAAAUAUCCAAAAAUUUUCGUUGAACAAUGUCAAGAUUUUAAAUCAUUCAAGUAUUUUUCUUGUAUCAAUUUUUGAAUAAGCUACGAUAUCUUAAUUAAUAUUCACAAAUUCUUAACUCAAAGAUAACUCCUACUUUUAUUCAAGUAAUAUAAUAAACUUAAAAGAUUGUCUUUUUAAUCAUAUACUUUUAGAAUCUAGUUGUUUAAUAAAUAAUAAAGUUGAAUAUUCUAAAAAUUAAGAAGCUUUAAAUUAGUCUUAAAAAGUUUUCAUAAUCGACUGUUAAUUUUUAAACAUCAAUUAAAAUGACAAAUAAUAAAUAAUAAUCAUUGUGAAAUAUGAUGAAAUAGAUUAGUUGAUAAUAUAAUUAACUAACUUUAUUAUGUCUGAUUGCACAUCUAACACAAAACUAUAAAAUACCUAAGUAUCUUUUGAUUAAGUAAUGAUAUAUAUUGAAUGCUAACUUUGUUAUUUGUAAGAAAUAUAAAUAUAGAGAAGCUAUGGAAUACCUGAAAUUACAAUUCUUAAUUCUAAGAAUCUGGAAAUAAGAAAUUUUUAGAUCUCUCAAAAUCAAAAACAUUUUCCAUAAGUCUUUCAUUCUAAUAUAGAUUGUGUAUCACAAUUUGCUAAUAUGGAACUUUACUUCUUUCUAUAUGUUGGUUAAUAUGAAAGUAUUGUUUUUGAUAAUUUAACAGUAUCAAACUGUUUAAGUUUUAAUUCUCCUUUAAUUAUCUUACAAGGGUAUGAAUUAAUGUAGAAAUUAGUUGAGGAAACAGUUUAUAUCAAAGACUCUUAACUUAAUUCGAACUUAUUAAUAAUUAGUGAAACUAAUAAAUAAACUGCUUUAAUUUUUAUAGAAUCUAAAUAAAAAGGACUUAUAACUUUUAUGAAUACAAUUUUUUCCUAAAAUCAUCUAAAUUAAUAUUAUGAAUCUUUGUCUUUGGUUUCUUCGACAACAUUAUUAUUAUCUUGCAAAUAUGAAAUUGUUAUAAUGUAAAGUUGCUAAUUUUAUUAAAAUAUUAUUACAAAUUCAACUGAUUCAAUCUUAUAAAUAGAUUCAGAGAAAUUAUAUAUUAAGAAUUCUAAUUUUAAAAAUAACAAUAUAAUGAAUUACUCAAUAUUGAGUAAGUAAAUUAUAUUAUCAAGCACUUAAGAUAUAACUUCUAUCAACUUUUAAUUGAUAUUUCCAAUCAAAUCAAAUAGUGGUAAUGGCAUGUUAAUUGCAAAUACAAUACUGAUUGAAAAUGUAAAGGUAGACUCUUCUAAUUCAAUUUUUGGAGGUGGUUUCUAUAUAGUCGUAUUUGGUUAAAGUGUAAUUAAUAUCACUAAUUCUCAAUUUUCUAAUACUAAAUCCACAUUAUCAUCUUUAUAUUUUUCAAAAGGGGGCUGCUUUUACAUUGAUGCUAGUUCAUCUACUUUAACUCUAAAGAUAAAAAAUGUUACAUUUGAUGGAUCAUAUAGCAGAUAUGAUGGUGGUGCAAUAUAUCUCAGUCCAUCUGAAACUUACAAUAGUAUUGAAUUUAAUUAUUUGAUUGUCAAGAACUGCUUUUCAAUACAAAAUUAGUUUUUAUCUUAUACUCUUUCCAACAAAGAUAAUAUUAAAUCUCAGAUUACUUUUUCAAAUAUUGAUUUCUAUUCAACAUAAGAAGGAUUAGAAAAUUUUUAUUCAUAAUUAGAUAGUAUAACUGAUGAUGAUAUUUUAAAUAUUAUUAAUUCGAAUCCUUUAGUUUUUGUUUAAUUUGGAAAUUUUAGCAUGUAAAAUUGUAGUUUCUAAUCUAUUUAUAUGUAAAUGUUACUAAAAAUUGUACAAGUUGAACACAUUUAAUUAUCAAAUAUAAUAAUCAUUAAUUGUACAGUAGCAUUAUCAUCUCUGAUCCAAUUAAAUUUAAGAUAAUGUAAUAAUAUUAUUAAUAUUCUUAGAAUAUGUUGGAAUAUUAGAAAUAUUCAAUCUUUAAAUAACUUAGAUACAACAAAUUUAAAAAACCGAAAUUAGAGAGUGUUUAGCAAUAAAUAGAACAUCAUUCAUUUAAUUGGAUUGUCCCCUAGAAAUCUUACCAUAAAAUUUUUAAAUUAUAUAAAAAGAUUUAAUUUAAGAAAAUUUAAAUCAAUUAAUUUGUAAUUAAAUUAAAAUCUUCAGAGAUCCAAAAUUUACUUUUAGUUUAAUUGAAAUAGAAUAAAUCAAUUCUAGACAUUAUUUAAGAAUUGAGAAACUGAAUUUUAAAAAUGUUCUAUGUAAAAAGUGUUAAAAUGGUUUGAUUAGAAUUGUAGAAAUUGAAAAAUAAAAUGAAGAUAAUAUUAAGCUUUCUUAAAUUAUGAUUCAAAAUAGUAAUUGUGGAAGGGCUGGAUGUCUUUCAAUAUCUAAAAAUAAAAAUGAUUUAACUAAUUUAAAAUCUGAUAUAAAUUAUCGAAUUUUAUAAUAACACAAUUAUGAAAAUCUUUUGAAUAGCCUGAAAUAUUAAGUGAUUAUUAAAUAGAGUUUAUUUCAAAAUAACACUUCAUUAUAUGGUGGUUCGCUUUUAAUAAUCAAAAUCAAUACAAUUAUAAAAGGUUGUAUUUUUUUAAAGAAUAUUGCAGAUAUUGGAGGUGCAAUUUACUUUUCAUCUGAAGAUGAGGAAUUAUAUAUUUUUGAUUCUAAAAUAAAUGAAAAUACAGCUAAGAUUGCAGGAGGUUUAUAUUUAAAUUCUUAAUAAUUGCAAUUAACCAAAUAAUUAGAUUUAGAAUUGAAUUCUAAUAAUUCAACAUUAUUUGGAUCUAAUGUUGUCGAGAAACCAAGAUCAUUAACAUUAUCAAUCGAUGAAGGUAGAACAUUAUUGGAGAAGAAAGAAUUAAAAUACAAUGAUAAUGAAAUUGUUGAAUAAAUUAUCAUUAUUCCUUAUAAUAUAUUAGGUUUUAAUUCAAAAAUGAAUUAAUUAAUGUUGCCUUCUGGAAUACAAAUAUCCAGUUAUAGACAUUUCGAUAAUGCUUAAUUUUUGUUUAUUCAAUAUAAUCUAACAUUAAGGAUUAUUGCUUUGGAUAAGUUUUAAAAACAAAUAAUGGGUUUGUCUGGUUCUUAUUGUACUUUGUAGCCAAAAGCUAUUAAUUUAAGUUCACAAAGAGAGGAAUUUAAUUUUGAAUAUAGUUUAUCUUAAUAUGAUGUUUAAUUUAAUGAGACUACCGGAGAUUAUAAUUUAGAUGAUCUAAUAAUUUUCUUUAAUCCUACUUAUGAUAAAGAUAUUAUUCUUCGAUUAUAAAUUUAAUGUAAUAGCGUUUCAGUCCCUUAAUAUCAGGAGAAUCCACCUUAUAAAAUUUAUAACUAUAUUACAAAUUAUAAAUUAUUAGUUGAUAUUCGAACAUUUCCUUGUUAAUUGGGUGAAUUCUUAAAUAAAACAUCUGGUGGGUGUGUUCUAUGUGAUACCUUUAAAAAUUAAUAUUAAGUUUCAAGGAAUGCUUAAAAUUGCAGUUACAAAGAUGAUACUAAAAUAAAGUCGUUGGAAUCAUCUAUGAUAGAAUUAAGGGAACACAAUUGGAGAGCUUAUUAUUAUAGUGAAACUAUUGAAUAUUGUUAUCAUUUGUUGGAGAAUUGCAAAGGAGGCUGGAUGCCUGGAGAUGAAUCAUGCAUAUUAGGACAUAUAGGAGCAUUGUGUGAAUAGUGUGAUUUAUAUGAUUCUAGAGGAGGCGGAUCUUAUUCUGUAAGUUCAGUCUAUUCAUGUGGAAGUUGUGAUGAUAUAGCUUACAAUAUUAUUAGUAUAAUUUUAUUGAGUCUUUGGACAAUAAUAACCACAUUGAUAACAGUGAGCAGCACUACAUAAAUGAUUAAGGAAUUUGUAAAAGGAUUAAGAUUGAAGGCUUUUGGGGUGAGAGUAGCAAUAAAAGAAGCUUAAGCAGCUAUUUUUAUCAAAGUAUUUACAAAUUAUCUUUAAAUUAUAUCAACCAUAACUACCUUUUAAUUAUAAAUACCAAUAGGAUUUUCCUCAGUUUUCAAUAGUGUUGGUAAUCCUGUAAAUACUUUAGCAUAUUCAUUAGAUUGUUUCUUAAUUAAUAUCACAGAUAUAUUGAUAAUAUACUUUCGAAUUAUUUGGAGCUUAAUUAUGACUUCUACUUACAUAUCAAUUAUUUUUAGUUUAUUUGGAAUUGCAAUUAUAAUUAAAAUAACAAAAUUCAACUUUUCUUUUAUUACUACAUCAUUGAUAUAUCUAUUCAUAUUUUUUUAGCCAAAUUUGAUAGGUGGAAUUAUUUCACUCUUCUCCUACAGAAAGAUAUCGGAUGAAUAUUGGAUUCAAGGAAAUGUGGCUUAUAGAUAUGAUACAAAUUAACAUACUUAAUGGUUGAUCACAUUUUGCUUACCCUUAUUAUUAAUUUUUGGUACUAUUCUUCCUUUCUUUUUAUGGCAUGGAGUCUAUAAAAAUAGAGACCGUCUUGAUUUUUCUUAAGUUAGAAAGACAUGGGGAUAUUUGUAUAAUGAAUACGGAAAACAUGCAUAUUUCUGGGAAACAAUUAAGAUAAUAUAAAAAGAGAUUAUAAUAAUUGUUUUAACUUAUUAUGAUGAUCAUAUUUCUAUAAAAGCAUCUCUAGUUUUUCUUGUGCUAUUUAGUUAUAGUUUAAUAACAAUCAAACAAAGGCCUUAUAUGACUGGAUAAUUAAAUCAAAUUGACACAGAAUCAACAGUAGUUUGUGCAAUAUCUAUCAUUUUGGCUAGUUCAAUCUUUACAGCAUAAUAAUAAAAGUUCUAUGAAAUAGUAUGGCCUUUCUAUUUCAUAAUUUUCUUUCUUAAUAGUUUCUAUAUUCUUAAGAUGGUAAUAUAGAUUAUAUUUGCUUAUUUGAAAAAACAUUAUGAGAAGGUAGACGUAUUAAAAGAAUUAAUAGUACAAUAAUUUCCCAAAUUUGUAAAUUCUAAACCAUUCAUUUAAAAACUCUUUGAGACUCACAAAAAUUAGCAAUCUAGAAUAAAGUAAUAGUAUAAAAAAUUAAGAUUAUAUCUUUUACCUUAAGCUCGUUUAAUAUUGGAAUUCAAAAAGUAUUAUUUAUUUUUAAUAUAGAUUAAAACGAUUAGAAUUAUCUUCAAAAAAAAAUGUUUAGAAAUGUAAUGAUAAAGACAGACAUGAUACUGAAUAAUAAUUUUCUUAAGACAAUUUUUGUGUCAAAAGUUUUCUAAAUAAAAAAAUCCUAAAUCAUACUCAUAUCAAGAGAGAUGAAUUCUAAUAUAGAAAUACUAAAAUAGGAUACCAUCAAUUUUUAAUAUUGUCUCGAGGAGAUGAUUUUUAAAAAAACUAAAAAACCACAGAAUGA